CUCAUUCAAGCCUGGGACCUGUCAUUUCCUGAACUACCCAGAAAACUGGGAAGUUAUAUACAGGAAGAGGAAAAAAAAACGUCCUUGUGAUCUAGAGCAUUAAUAACAGAGUUUAUAGCCUCCUCUAGUUUUAUGCGUCUUGGUGCGAACAGGCGCGUAACAGAAGGUGUGCGCACAUGGGCAAACAUUUGUCAUUUUAACUCAGUGACCGAAAAAAAAAAAAACUGUGAAAAAGUUAAGCUAUAGAAGAAAGAAAGAAUACCGAGAUGUCUACUUCUUCUACUGCCGGGCGGGAGAACACAAAGAACUCCAGGAAGUUUUCAGGAGUGGCACGUGGAAAGAGACCACCGGAUUUGGAGCUCUCGGAAACAGCAUUCAAUGGGCAUGAAUCAGGAACAGCUGCGGGGAGCAACGACACAAUGCAAGGAGAAGGCAGCUCCCGUGUUGAAGCUCCCCCUGGUCACCUGGACCCCUACCUGUCUCAUCCCCGGAUGUCUGUGCGGAUGUCGGUGUACAGCACCGGGGUUCGCCCAGCUGUUACCCGCGCCUACAUCCAGGGACGAGUGUAUAACUUUCUGGAAAGGCCGUCUGGCUGGAAGUGCUUCAUGUAUCACUUCACAGUGUUCCUCAUAGUACUGGCCUGUCUGAUCCUCAGUGUCCUCUCUACCAUCGACCAAUUCCAAGCUCUGGCUCACACAACUCUCUUCUGGAUGGAGAUCGUCCUUGUGGUGUUCUUCGGUGUGGAAUAUUUCGUCCGCAUUUGGUCCGCAGGCUGCCGCAGUAAAUAUGUUGGCAUCUGGGGCCGACUACGCUUUGCCAGGAAGCCAAUAUCUAUUAUAGACCUGAUAGUGGUUGUCGCUUCAAUAGUUGUGUUGUCAGUGGGCUCGAAAGGCCAGGUUUUCGCCACCUCUGCUGUAAGAGGGAUUCGCUUCCUGCAGAUCCUGCGAAUGCUGCAUGUUGACAGGCAGGGAGGAACCUGGCGUCUCCUGGGCUCAGUUGUCUUCAUCCAUCGGCAGGAGCUGAUCACCACUCUGUACAUUGGGUUUCUGAGCCUGAUCUUCUCCUCGUACUUUGUCUACCUGGCAGAAAAGGAUGCAGCUGAUAGCACAGGUUCCACUGGUUUUGGAAACUAUGCAGAUGCUUUGUGGUGGGGAGUGGUGACUGUGACUACUAUUGGCUACGGAGACAAAGUACCUCAAACCUGGAUUGGAAAGACCAUUGCUUCCUGUUUCUCUGUGUUUGCCAUAUCAUUUUUUGCUCUGCCUGCAGGAAUUUUAGGUUCUGGCUUUGCCCUGAAGGUGCAGCAAAAGCAAAGACAGAAACACUUCAACAGACAGAUUCCUGCAGCUGCCUGCCUCAUUCAGACCUCUUGGAGAUGUUUUGCAGUGGAUAACUUUGAUUCUGCUACAUUCAAGCUGUUUUUGAGAAAGAAAUCCAACAUUCCUGCCUCCUUUCUUUCCAGCCCCAAGCAGAAAAAAAUGGUGAAGAUGAGGAGGAAGCUGAAGAGUACUGACAAGGACAAUGGUCCAGCUUCUCCCACUGUCCCCAGCAUCACCUGUGAUUCUGUGUUUGACAGCGGAAGGGAGCUAAGUUCAGAUGUUUACAGCACUGUUGGCACAGGAAGCCAGCCACUUGGAGGAUGUGACCGCCAGCAGUCAUGGACAUCUUUGUCAUCUCUGCAGUUCAGCUCAUCACCCCCAGUAAAAAGAGGUCCCAGCCUUAAGGAUACCCAGUCCACCAUUCCACUCCCAAGAAACUGCAGCUUUGCUGACGAUCUAGAGCUGGAGUUUGAGCGAGAAAGUGAUUUGGCUCCAGCUAGCACAGUAUCACAAUUGACGGAAUCGCACCGAAAAGCCAUUCGUGUCAUACAGAAAAUGCGUUAUUUUGUGGCUAAGAGAAAUUUUCAGCAAGCCCGUAAGCCGUAUGAUGUGCGAGAUGUGAUUGAACAGUACUCUCAGGGUCACCUCAACCUCAUGGUGCGGAUCAAGGAGCUUCAGAGAAGACUAGAUCAGUCUUUGGGGAAAAUGACUUUGUUCCAGACGGGUUCAGACCGCACCAGAGAUAAAGGAAACAACUCAAUUGGAUCAAGGCUCAACAGGAUGGAGGACAAGAUAACACACAUGGAUCAAACGCUGAAACACAUCGCAGAGUCCCUCUCCUUCCUGCUGGACCAGAGGGAAGUCGGUGGUGGUGAAGUCAGAGGCCGGCUGAAACCUCGGCUCAGGCGAACCUGUAAUGUCCUCCACAGCCAGGACAGCCUGCCAACUAAUGACCAGCUGUCUUCUUCCCCUUCAUCCUUCUCCUCCAACAACACCAACACUGUGCUGUGCCCCAACCUUCCACUCAGCUCCACUGCCAGUCAGGAUGAGAGCUGCUGAAACUUGAAACCAGACAUCCUGAAUGCGCUUCACAAUGUUUGCUCAUCUGUUUAUGAUGGUUAAAGACCCACUGGACAUAUUCUCCUGUCUUUGAUGAGCAUAUGUAGCUACAGCUGUUUGCUGAAAUGCUGACUUGAUGUUAUUUUGGUAAAACUCUUACCAGGACACGUGGCAUGUGUAAAUAUGAAAAUGUAUGAAGGGAGUGUAAGAAACCAAUGCCUUUCAAAUCAUGUCUUUUGGGCAACUUCUAUAUAAGCUCUAACUUUGAUCUAUUUAAAAGUUUUAAGAUUUAAAACGACAUCUAAAUUCUAGCUGUUUCUUUUGUUUCUAAAUUUCUAGAGAAAAAAAGAAAGCUUCAAUAUUUAAUACUGAAUAUUAUCUGUAUAAUUUUUAUUUUAUUCUUGGAGUUUUCAAAUACCAUAAAUGUAAAUGACAUAAAGGUUUUAAAAUGUUUGCAUAGUCAUUAUUUACUAUUUAUUUCUGUGCCAGAAAAAAAAAACUGCAAACAGUUUUGCAGUCAGCAAAGAAUUGUUCAGUUAUAUUUAGAAAUCUACAUUUUGUGAGAAAUUUGAGGGCAUCUUGCAUGCAUUGCACACUUAAGGUGGACUUAAGUUGUCGCUUAGAUCAGGGGACAGUGAGGAUCAAGAUACAGCCAUGCAUUUGCUCCUUGGUGGAACUCUGAUAACAAUAUAACAAAUCAUAAAAUACUAUCAAUCCAACUUAACAGGUGAACUUUUUAAAUGUUGAUAUUACCUCUUGUCUUAUUUGCUGCUAAAUGUGAUGCUGAGGUUUGUUAUAUUACUACAAUAAAAACUGUCACAGUAAUGAAAAAACUAUCCAGAAGGCUAAUACAUCUCCAUGUAGGUAUUUUAUGAUAAACAGAAGCUUUAUAGCAGCCUGGCUCCUUAAAAAGAGUCUGUAGCUGUGUAUUACUGAGGGAAAGUUUUGUAGCAUUACCUACUCUCUCCCAAAGUUUGGCCAUGACAAGAGCUAACAUUCUGGGUAUUCCCAAACCUGUUUUUAUUUCCUUUUUUCUCUGAAUAAUUUUGCAGUUCCCAAGCUCAGACAAUGUUUCCUUUUUAUGUAUCAGCUUUUGGAAGGACAUUCACUGGAGUUGCCAGUGUUUUUUUUGUUUGUUUGUUUUUGUUUUUUCUUUUUUCUCAAAUGUCCUUAUCUUAAUAAUUGAAAACAUACUGAAGCAGAAGGGCCACAUAAUUUUUUUUAAACACUUUCUUUAUAAAACUUUUUAAGUUCAUUUAUAUUGAAGGACAUUAAUACAAUGUGUAGCUGAACAUUAACAGAAAAAAAUAACUAAUAGCAAAACAGAAAAUAAUGAAUUGAUGUAAAGCAGGAGUAAAUUUAUUUUCGGUGACACCUGCUCAAAUGUCCAGCUGAUCAUCUUAUCUGUAAGAUGCAGUAAGGUGGUUGAAUAAAGGGAGCAUCAUUGGGCACUCAUAUAAUCUAAUACUGGAUUUUGUAGCCCAGGGAAACUCCAGAACGGUAAAGGAUAACUUGUAUCUCAGUCUUUCCACAUGCAGAAUGCUAAUAAGUUCAUCCAGCCAGGUCUUGGAGGCUAAAUGGAACUUCCAGAGUUUUAGAAUAAACCUCUUAACAAUCCUUAACAAUAGAGUUAUAGCUUUGCGUAUAUUGCAAGUUUUUCAAAGUGCUUAGUAGCGACAGAGUAGACUGAUAAAGACAGAUGAAAACCACUGGAAGAUGAACCAACAAAAUCUAUGUAAUUCUGGGCAAAACCAAAAAAGAUGCGCAUGAGGACCUUCACCCGCCUUACAUCUAUUAUGUAGAGAACAUGAUUAGUACAUUUCUUUCUUAAUCUAAUUAUAGAGUAAUUUAAUUCAUGUACCGAGUCCACCGAAGACAGCAUUAAUUGAACAAGACUUGAUGUUCGUUAAUAUUUCAUCCCAUGUUUCAUCCUCAAUCUCAAUAUCAAGCUCACCUUCCCAGGCUUGUUUUAUUUUUUUAUCUUAAGUACUUAAGAAACAAACCAGCACUGAGAUCAAAUGUUUUGCUUCAGGGGGACCCAGGAGAGAUUUUAACCAUACAUUAUUCUCAGAUGGUAAUUCAUGCGAUUUUGUAGUCUGUUGGACGUAGAGUCUCAGUUUUACAUAUUUAAAAUAAUUGAGAUUUUGAUGAGAGAAGGAGAACAGAAAGAGGAGUCUUGUGGGAUAGGCUUUUUUUAAUAGUGAGAAUGAACCACUCCACAUUCUUAAAGCCACAUUGCCAGUACAUCAUAUUUCUGACAUUGGUGGCAGAAACAGUGAGUUCAGUUCGUUAGAUAUUGAUACAGGUUUCUUCCAGUUAGUGGUAUAACUAGAGACCUUCCCAAAGGAAUUAACAAGCAAAUGUGGUUUUGACUGUUCAGGGUCUAAUCCAAACAGGGCAACAUUUUCUGCAUAUAAAGAAAUGCUGUGAUCAUAUAGCUAAAUAUAUAAAUAUAUACAUAUUUAGCUAUUUGGCUGGAUUUUUAGUGAUUAUCUUAAAAUCUAUGUCGAACAUGGAAAUUGGACGGUAUAAUGAAGGCUCUGUUUCAUCUCUCUCUGGUUUCAGAAUUAGUUAUUUGAUUUGCAAAUUUGUAUUAAAAUUCAAUGCCAAUUCGUUCUUGUUCUGGGUUUUUCUACUUUGCAUUGACCUGAAAGAGUUCAGUAUUUCUGCCAGACAUAUUUCCGCGUAAAGGACUUCACGAGAGGCUUCAUCCAGCCUCAGUAUGUUUACAUUUUUUAGCCAGUAAUCCACAUCACCUAUGUGAUUAGAUCUGUAAAGCUCUUUUGUACAUAGCUCUGCUGGCUUGUUACGCCAUAAGCUGCAAAGCUAAAAGUGUAUGAGGUUUGUUCAAAAUUCUGCCUCCUAAAGUGCCAGACUUGGUCACAGACCUGUUGUGAUAAAAUCAUGUUAUAUUUAAGUUUGAGAAUAUUUUUGCAAUGUUUGAGAGUUGCCUAAACUAAUCCUAUUCGAUUUUUCCAAAGCUGACUCGUAUGCAAUAAUUUGGCCUCUUAUAAUCACUUUGAGCGGUUCCCACA